AUGCACGAACAAGACGAAAAGUAUUUUGAUAUCUUCGAUUAUAUCGUUUUUGCUGCUAUGUUAUUGAUAUCCGCUUGGAUUGGUGUGUACUUUGCCUUUUUUGCAAGAGUGAAACAAAACACCACUUCUGAAUAUCUUAUGGGAAGCAAAACCAUGGGAAUCUUUCCUAUUUCCAUGUCGCUAAUUGCUAGUUAUAUAUCGGGUAUUAGUAUACUUGGAAUGCCCGCUGAGAUGUAUACAUACGGAACUCAAUUCUGGAUGAUUCUUACUUCUGAAUUUUUGGUGACGGGUACAAUGGCGUUUGCUUAUCUACCAGUAUUUUACAAAUUGCAGAUUACUUCCAGUUAUGAGUAUCUCAAUUUACGUUUUAAUCAAACCGUACGCCUCUUAGGAUCAAUUCUGUUCUUGCUCAAAAUGCUUCUUUACAUUCCGAUUGUCAUUUACGUACCGGCUCUUGCAUUUAGCCAAGUAACUGGAAUUAAUCUUCAUCUGGUAACACCAAUUGUGUGCAUCGUUUGUAUUUUCUACACAACACUUGGUGGAUUAAAAGCUGUAGUUUGGACAGAUACAAUUCAAACUGUUGUUAUGUUUGGGGCUCUUAUUGUAGUUGUUGUUAUGGGCACUAUUUCAAUUGGAGGGUUUGCUGAAGUAUGGAGAAUCAAUGAUGAAGGAGAACGACUUGAGUUUUUUAAUUUUGAUUGGGAUCCUACUAUCCGUCACACGUUUUGGACUGUAUCGAUUGGUAACUACUUCUCUUGGUUAGCAAGCUGUUCUAUCAAUCAAGCAAUGGUACAGAGAUGUCUUGCUAUGCCAACAUUAAAAUCAGCACGAUUUACCAUUUUAAUAUUGGUUAUUGGCAUAACUUCACUUGUAUCAAUGUGUUGCUAUAUGGGAUUAUUAAUUUACGCAUCUUACCAUGAUUGUGACCCUAUAAUAAGAGGGUCUAUUGGAAAAUCCGAUCAAUUGUUGCCAUACUUUGUUAUGAAGAUUGCCGCCAGCGUUCCUGGUUUACCUGGACUUUUUGUUAGUGGUGUUUUUAGUGCUGCGCUAAGUUCUAUGUCUACUGGUCUAAACUCAAUGACCGGAGUGAUUUUCGAAGAUUUAAUCAAACCAAACGUUAAGAAGCCUUUGACUGAGGAACGAGCAAGUUUUCUCAUGAAAGUAAUUGUUGUAAUCAUUGGAAGCAUUUGUGUUGGACUUGUGUUUUUGGUGGAAAAGAUGGGGGCGUUGAUUCAAGCUGCUGGAAGUAUGGGUGCUAUUACAGCAGGACCAUUGUUGGGAAUUUUCACACUGGGAAUGUUUGUUCCGUUUGCAAACCCCACUGGUGCUUUAACUGGUGGAAUAGUUUCUGGUACACUAGUUGGUUGGAUUUCAAUCGGUACUCAACUAAAAAUUGCAGCCAAGGAAAUUGUCUUUCCCAUAAAACCAGCAGUAGUUACAGGAUGUAAUUCAGACUGGUUAGCGGAAUUUGCUUCUGUUACAAUUGCAAGGACACCAGUCUUACCGCCUACUGCAGAACCGGAAGUAUUCUUUUUAUACCGCCUUUCUUACAUGUAUUAUACAGCUCUUGGCGCUAUAACGGCAAUCGCGAUUGGGGCUUUAGUUAGCUGUUUCACUGGAUUUAACAGAAAUAGGACAAUACACAAGGAUUUGCUCUCGCCAGUUAUACACGGUUUAAUCAAAGAUAAACCGGAAGUGGCAACACCACCAGCCGUUGUCAUUGAACAACAAGCAUCGCAUUUUGGGAUUCAUUUAAAAAUGCCAAAUCAUAUUAAAUUGAGUAAACUCACCAACAUGUUUAAUUGAAAGAUGUAAGUACAAAAUGCGGCAAGUUGCGUAUAGGAGUUAAACACUACCUGCAAGUCAACAAUAAUAAUGACAAUUUCUUAUUGGUAUAAAAUUAAAAUCAUGGCGCAAUCUACUUUGCAAUAUAACCAGCUACAAGCAUAAUUACAAUUCUUCCUUACUCAACGUUCUCGCGGAUUUUGGAGUGAUCUCUACUUCCGUGGGGGAUGCUAGUGAACGUUUGGGCCGUUUAGAUUUCUUGCCAGGAUCUGCAUCGGUUAAACUGAUGCGAGAAAUCACUUUCGUUGACUCCCUACUAUAAAAAAAUAAUUUUAAUAAGUUUUACUGUUUUAAUAACAAAUUCUUAAAACGGACCUAUUUAAGUUUGCUUGAAGAGUCACCUCACGUGGUUUCUCAAAAUCACAUUCCAGAGUAAAAGCUGCGUCACCAGGCAUAAUCAACUCUUUAUCAUGUUGGAGAACUAAAACGUUUGUGUAGACUUUUCCUUCUUGUUUCGUUUGGCAUUUGUCCAGAUCGAAAGACAUAUUAAAGGAACGUUUUUCUCUUAUUGAAUCUACAAUCAAUAGAAUUAACCUUUUAAAACUAAAUAAAUAUUUUCAACAAUA